CUCUGUCGCGCCUGAGUGGAUUUUGCAUUAUACACAAAAACUUUAUGCAAAUAAUAAGAUAUUUGAUUAAGUAUGUGUUAGAUAAGAUAUUUUCACAAUCCUGUUUCGGUAAGAAAAUAGCCUCCAUGACAGAUAAAGAGCAAAAGAAGCCCUCGUCACCUUCGAACUUGGUUCGAGUGGGUUCUGGCUUAGUAAACAAGUUGGCACUUUUAAACCCAGUGACCGGCGAAUCAGACGAACCCAUCUUGGUCGGGUUUGAAGAUGUCAGUGCUGCAGCGUAUAGGAUUCGAAAAGGAAUUAAAAAAACACCGUGUGAGGUAAAUAUCUGUAGAAAACUAGCUAUAAUUUUACAACAUCAAGGCUGAAUGUUGUUAGGGAGUGUUUGUAACGUCGGACGGAAGCGUUCUCCGGUAGCUCAUAUUUACGCCCCGUGAAUAAACAUUAUAAUCUGCCUGAUUAUAAUAACAUAAAUUUCCGUUGUAUUUAGUGACUACCCUUUUGGCAGAUCCGAAAGUUUACGAUUUGGGUAAAAACGUGUUAUUUUUAAUGUUGUAAGAGCAUUACUAAUAACAAUGAAUAUUUGCCACGUUCCAUACAUAGACGUCACAGUAUGUUAAAAACAAAACAAACAAACGUUUCGUACGAGUUAAAUGAAUAGGAACCCAUUUGGAGGGGAGUGGGGGUGGGGGGCUAAUAAAAUAAUAGUUAUGGGUUGUGGGUGAUGGGUAAAGUGUCGUGAAACAGAGCCGGCUGCCGGCUAAUUUCAUCGGCUGAAAAAGAGCUUACUACCAGAUCAAAUUGCUCUAAAAAACAAAGACAAGGGGUAAUUUUGAAGAUGCAGUUGAGUAAAACAGCCGGCCUGACUUUUCCUUAGCUACAUCCGAGUUAAUGUGACCACCUUUGUACCAUAAAAUCCUGGUCAUAAUAAUAAGGUCAGGUUGCAUCAAUGAGGACCUAUACAAAACAUGGACCCCCUAUCCAUGGACCCCUUCUAGGACCCGGCCCAUGGACUAACCCUGGGGACCACCCCUAAUUUUUGAAGAUGAAUUUUACCAGAGGUCUUAAUAAACUCUAGGAACCUUAAAUGAACAAUUUAACUGCUCUCAGUUUAUAUUAUCAGGCUUAUGGGUUAAUCUCAUAUUAUACACCUCUUCAAAUUUUCUUGAAUUCCAUACACGGAUUCAGUUUAGUCUGGUGAAGGAGUAACAAUAUUUGUGGUGGGGGAGAAGUAGUCUCCUAUGCAGACAUUUUUAUUUGUGUCAUCACUUUGUUUACCCUCCCCAGACUUAAUUUUCUCUCUUCUUUUUAGAGCAUCCAAUCAUCAAAUUGUAGGCAAGAAGUCUUAGAAUAAAACUGAAUUUGCCUUUUAAGCUUUCAUAUCUGAAAUCAAAUUUAGCACUAACCCUGGGUUAACUUAACCCUGCUUUGAACAGCCCGGCCCAGGGCUUCCAACAAAACCUCCCCAAAUCCCAGGAACAAAAACUCCCAUAAAAUCCCAUGCCAAAUUUCCUACAGAAAAAGGGCAUUCCUUAAUAAACUGGCCGAUAAACACAGCUACUUGGACAAGAGAUCAACUAAAUAAAUUAAAGUCUUGUUAGAUAUACACCCCUGGCCAGUCCACUCAGCAAAGUAAUGUAUAACUAAGGGGAAGUGUGAAGUGUGUGCUAAUAUCUUGCCUUUUCUGAAAAUUCCUUUGAAUGAAGUUUAUAAAGAAACCACAAACACCCCUGGAAAAUAGUCAAACUGAAUCAGAUUUGUUACUUCUCAAGGAGUUCAGAAUUGGAGGAUUAAAAACCGUGAAACAUACAGUAUGAUGAUUAUGGAUAUAGAGGGCAAUUGUCAUCGGCUAGUGUCACUUUGUAUCGAGAAGUUCUUGACAUUAACAAUUAAUUUCAAGAUAUAAUUAUUAUUAUCUUGAUGUUUAGAACUUCAGAAUGCCAAUACCACCAAGGGUUUUAAAGUGUGACUCAAUUUUUUAACAAAAUUGAUUUUUGGUUCUUUUGAAGGCUAUGUAAUUACUGAACAUUGAAAUGAGUGUAUCAUCUUUCCUACAGUUUUUUAAUGCUGACCCUCAUUGACUAAGGUUCACUUUCUCCGUGGCAAACUGGAGAAACCACCUAAAACAUGCACUGUGCACUAAUCAGUUUUGCUUUCUUUUCAGAGAUCCAGCAUGUCAGAGACUCUAAAUAUGGAUUUGUACUUCAAGAAGGAAUACCUUCAACAUACUGGAAGGUCUGCAUGCAUUCAUUACAUAAUUUGUAUAUGUUGUAGUAAAUAUUAUGGCAGGUAAUUUUUCUUUUUCUUUUUGUUUUUGGGUAUGGUAAUGUAUGCUAGUGAAGUUGAAACAACAACAACAAAAAAAAAACAAAAAAAAGAAAAAAUUACCUGAGAUAAAAAAUUAACAACAACAUAUACGUUAAUAGUAUACUUAAUAUUGAUAUUUUUAAUCCACUUUCCUCCUGACCCAUAACUGGGUAUGUCAUUCAGACUGUGAAACCCUUAACCAUUGAAGCCUAUACCAAAUCACGUUUUGCUUUUUGAAAAAAUCCCUUUCUUAAUAAUUAUCGUAAUAUCAGACUAUAUUGGACCAGAAAAUUUAAUUCUUCGUACCACUGAUUCAGUCCCUAUUUUACGUCACUUAAUCCAGCAACACUAUCUGCUUUAAAUAUGCUCUAAAACAAUACUUUAAAUUAUACACAAUCUAUUAUGGUACAAACGCAUUUAGCCAAAAUUAAAGUGUUCUAGGAGCUGCAAUUGGCUGUGGUAUUGUGUAAUUGCAUGCGUUGUAAAUAUGCUGUUGAUAAACAGAGCAAUUUUGUACAUUUGGAUUUGUGUAGGCACAGUGACUAACUUACUUUAUAAAAUAACUAAGAUAGUAUGCGCGUUCUGAUUGGUUAAAAACCUAUGGUUCAUCGUGCGGGUAAACUCAUAGAAAACUGAAACAUGCUUUAAAGUUAUUUUUUAAAGCAUUAAACUACACUUUCUAUGGGUUUACCACUUCGGCUCAUGAUUUACAAGCUUUUCACGUGUUCUCCCAACAUCCCGCGUUGGUUACCAUGCCGGUAAACCCAUAGAAAGUUUGGUCUAUUGCUUAAAUAAUUUUAUCAUUUGAUUUCUUUGAUCAAGAUGUCAUGUGAUUGCUUUAAAAGAUGAUGAUAAUUACAAUGACCAUGACAAUAUCAUUGACGGUUGGUGGUUUUAUGAAGUAAGGAAAAUGGAGAAACACUGUAUGAUCUGCACUGUACUGUAGGCUGCAGGCUACUAAAAAGUGUUUUCUCGCAAAAGUUCCAUGAAUAAAUAGAUUUAAUACUGUAACUGGCGAGAAUUUGUGAUCUGUUCUUUUCAAUUUUCUGAUAUAUCCUUUUUAUGUGAUUUAUUCAUUUUAGCUUCAAAGAAAGAGGUGCUAGGAACACACUGCUCAUGUUGUCUAAAGUAGGUGUAAGUGGAAAUGUAUUUUUCCAUGUCUGUUUCCUCAUAGACAAUGGAUGAAUUCUUACACCUGUAUUUUCCUCAAGGAUAAAAAGAAUGAGAGGAUUGGGAAACCAUGUAAAGAUUGCCAACUUCAUGUUUCUUUUCCUCAUGGGAAGCAAUUUCUUUGAAGGUGUGCUUGUGGAGCUUGUGCAUUUCUCUUGCUUAUUAUUAUCCCCAGGGAAAAAAUACAAUGACACUCGGUUUUAACAUGGAUACCUGCUGAUACCGGUCACGUGGAAAGCUGGCAUUGUAUAAAUUUAUCUUGGCACACAUGACAUUGUUUAUUGAGACCCUUUCAUGACCAAUUUGAAACUUUUCCAUAUAAAGUUAACAGCGCUUUCUGGGCAGUGGUAAUCUCCAGCCAGAAGGUAUUAUACCCAGUGACAGGUUAACAGUGGGGGACUUAGGGUCCAAACUUCCCGACCUCCUACACCUUGCAUUUACGGCUCCCGCCCCCUUUUUUCUUGGCUCUCUCCCUUUAGCCCAAUUUAUUCUGCGAAAUAUUAAGCACUAUUGCAUAAUUUACCCCUGUUUCUCCUUCUUCCCGCACUUCACUGGAACUCCCACCUCCUAGUUUUCCACUAAAGGUGAUGUUACAGGGGACGAUUCGCAACAACGAUUUUUAACAACACGGCGUUACAACAUUGUUGUUACAUUGUUUUGAAUGGCUGCAAUAUUGUUCCAACAUUUGAACCCGGUGUUGCGCUAAAAAUCGUCACUACGCAUCUUCCCGUGUAACAUCACCUUAAGACUUAAACUUACUGUACUCAUUCCAACCUCUAGCUUAACAAUAUUUUUACUAUUGCCGAUGCACAAUGUCAGAAAGUCCUGCUUUUCUGUUACUUUACAGCAGCGUUUUUUUUUCAGGAGCAAAAGACGAAAGGAGUAAUAGCAGCUUCGGCUGGGAACCACGCCUUAGCAUUAUCAUAUCAUGGAAAGGACCUUGGGGUUCCUGUGACUGUUGUAAUGCCACUGAACGCACCUAUCAUGAAGAUUUCAGCAUGCAGGAAACAUGGUGCUACUGUCCACGUGAAUGGUGCAGAUCUUAUUGAGGUAUAAAGAACCGAAUAGUUGUCGACGCCGAUGAGUUCGAUAAGAAGUAUAUGCUAUCAUCCUGCAUAAAAUUGAAAAAAAUACGGCUUCAAUAAAAGGAAGUGGCUAUGCAAAUUUGGAGCACAUUAGAAAUGUAAAGAGACAUCAACGGUACAUGACCACGUAUGUUAUGUUGUCACUUUUCAAAAUUCAAGAGUUGUUUCCAGGAAUUUUACUUGAACUAUUACGCUUGAGAAGAUAACAAGGUUUCACCGUUCAAAUUUCGUAAAAAUACAUAAGACCUUCCAACUUAGGCCCUAUUUAAAUUACAAUCAACUCUCUUAUAGCGCCGCUUCUCUUAAGCGACCAUUUUGUAAAUAACCGUUUUGUUUCUCAAUCAAACACUGCUUCAAAAACUCUCCCGUAAGCGACCACUCGGAUGUUUAAUAGCGGGAAUUUUCCUACCCAGAUCUGGGUAGUGACGCGUCAUCAGUAUGGAAUUUCUGCGCUCGUUUCUCAGAUGUCAUUUGGCGGGGAAACCAGUGGUAGCGUCGCCAAAUGUCGGCUGUUUUUUCAGGCUAACGUGGGUCAUAUAACAGAGCACUCAGUUAAACUAUGACAAUGUUCAUCCAAUACCGGACAGCUUUUGCGCCGGCACGAAAACCACACCGGAUUGGGCUUUUGUUCAUACAUAAGAACGGUGAUUUCGGCGCGAUUUCUGUAACGGAGCGAAACUGCUCCGUGCCGAUCUCCAAAGUGGAGAGUGAAUCACACAUCGGAUAGGCGUUCACACUAUGACGGAUAGCUUUUCGUGUCGUCACUACAAGCCAUCUGGUGUAGUGUGAACAGUAGCCCUGUUAAUGACUACUGAGCGUUCACGCAGGAAACUAGUUAAUUUUGGAUAGAUUCAUUUCCAACAUACCCUGGUAGCAGGGGGGCCCCCCUGUCCUGGUAGUUAGCCUGUUCCAGGCGUUCAGAUAGUAGAGAGUAGUUGUUCUUUCCUGCUGACUUUUCUUUGCACCCUUCCCUUUAUCUUAACGCCUGGACAGUCUACUUGAUAGCCGUUGCAUUGGCCUGUUGGAAUUUUAUAUCAAUAUUUUGUCUUUAAAAUUGAAACACAUAAAAGACUUUUAACGUGCAAUGCGACGUCUCCUAUUAACGUAAGCUGUAAAUGAAUUGCUCUGUCUGCGUUUACAGUCAAAAGAAAUUGCUCUGAAGAUGGCGAAGGCGAAUGGAUUAGCAUAUAUCAAUGGGUGAGUUUAAUAAUUGAACAGUUAAACGAUUAUGUUCUCGUUUCAUUACUGCCGUGAUCUCCUCAGGGGCCCGUUGCUCAAAACCUAAGCUACGUCGUUCGUAACUGCCAGCCAUGGUCUGGAGUUAAGAUGAAGUUUUUCACCUGUGUAUAUCUGAUAUGGUAACUAGUGCCGGGGCGACCAUAAUGCGACGAAACUUAAUGUACAUCAAACGCGACACACAGUGUAUUUUAUUCUAUAUCUAAACGCAGAGAAGUGGGUUGAAAAAAUGAGACGCAGCAGAGUAUGUUAAGACCGACUUUAAAGUGUCUGGAUGUCGGAUGAAACACUUAGAGGAGUGUUUGUUUAAUGUACAAUGGAGGUCAAAAGUGCUGAGACCUUUCCAGUGAUAUUACUAAAACUAGCGGCCCCUCCUCCAACAAAAUUGAAUUUGGACCAAAAUGUGUGAAAAUGAGUGCUUUUUUUGGCCACAACAUUGCUAGGGGAAGUGGGGGGACGACGGGAUGAACCAAAAGCCGAACAAAAAAUUGUCCUUAGGAGCAGGGUCCUACGUAACGAUUGCUUGGAAGGGCUUUUUCACACAGUCCCAAGUUCUUUUGUCGUCCAUUGUAGCUUCUCAAAUGAGCAAUUGUUGUUGAAGAAAUUGAAAGCUGAAGUUCGCAAUUUAGUAAUUAGUAUCUGAUGUCACAACCACCAUCACGGUACGUAGUGUAAAGUCUAUAAGACCAUUUUCAAAUUCGAAAAUAACUCUCUCUUUCAGAACGAGGCCAAGUGCAAAGCCCUUGUUGUUUUACAUUAGCCUCACUUCGAAACAGAGGCUUAAGGCAACUCGAAAAUAGCUAGCCUGGGACCAGGCUCAUCCGUAUUGGGGGAAAAGGUAGAAAAAUCGGCUUGAGCUGCCUUUUCCCUCACUGUAUAGCCUGGUCUUAGGAUAGAAAAUGGCCUAUUUCCUUUGUUUUGUCUUAGUUUGGGAAUGUUAAAAGGCGAAGCCGUUUCUGUAAGAUGCAGUUUUUAGGUGGUUCUAUUUUUCUUUUUAAGGUACGAUCAUCCUAACAUCCUUUCUGGCCAGGGUACGUUGGGUCUGGAGAUUGUCGAAGAGGUACCUGAUUUGGAUGCGGUUGUGAUCCCUGUGGGCGGUGGAGGCUUAUUGGCUGGUGUGGCUGUGGCAGUCAAAGGAUUACGUCCUGAUGUUCAAAUAAUCGUAAGAAGAACCCUCAAUAAAUUUUCUCGUUAUAGCUGAACAGGGUUCAGAAAAGUUUGCAGUAAUUCAUAGAUCAUUCGGCCUGAAGGCAAAAUUCUAAGAAUGUUCUUAAAUAAAAUAUUCUAAAAAAAAAGCAGAAACAAUUUCGAAUGCGUUGUCUACGAGGUGCUAUUUAUACAAGAACGCAAACCAUCACUAAGAAAAAAACUAUCAAAAAUCUAGGCCUAAAAUUAUGAGUGCAGAUGUAGACCAGCUACGGCGAAAGUGAAGUCUUCUGAGACCUCUGACGAACCUCUGAUGCAUCUGUGUACAGUUCUUAAUAUAGCAAAUGAGAGCUGUAUUCGAAGCCAGGAAAUAACGCUGGCGUAGGAUUCAUCGUUCUUAGUCGAAAGCUUAUUUCCGAGAGUUCUUAAAAAGUUCUGACAAUCGAGUCCCUAUGCCCCCGUUUGUACCAAACACCAGUGGUGUAAAGGUUCCCAUUUCUACAUCCAUCACUCUCUGGUUGUAUUUCUUUUUCUUCUCGUUUUCUUGCUCUUUGAAGAUCGUAGCUGUGUACUUGCCCUGGUUGGACCGGGAGUUAACAUGCGUUACACGUACGUCAAAGAAUGCCGUUACUCCUGGUGUCCAAAAACCUCCUGCCCUCAUAUCCAGCCUCGCUUCUCGACUUGUAACAGUGGACUGAAGGUUGAAUACUUCAUUGUCGAGUGGUUGCAGGAGUGGCUCUGUCUCUACAUUUCUGCACACUUUACUGAUGUGUGAUGUCAGAAGAUCUCGGAUUGUAUCAUGUCUCUGAGCUACACAACCUCCCUUCCUAAUAAUAAUAAUAAUAAUAAUAAUAAUAAUAAUAAUAAUAAUAAGAGUAAUAAAUACAUUCUUAUAUGACGCAUUUACAAAGCUCAAUGCGCCGACAUCCCCUUUUAUUGCAAACAAACUUGAACAGAAUUGCCGUGUGGGGUAGCCCUCGUCCAGGAUCAGGAUGAGUCCUAGUAAGGGGGAUUUUCCUGCAUAUUACAUUUAAGCGUCGUUUAGUUACCAGUAUUAAUCGUGUCUGUUUCUCUACAGGGAGUUGAAUCAGAACGCUGCGCCAGCUUUCAGGCAGCAAUGGCUGCUGGUCGUCCAGUUAAAAUAGAAGCCAAUCAGUCUCUGACAUUAGCCGAUGGUAAGGCUCUGUCCUUACUGUAUAGAUCUUUUAAAAUGACCUCUUCUACUCCUAAGAUAGAUUUGUAAGAGUUGCAAGCUGAUGCAAAAUCGUAAAAUGCUAAAAAAGAGAUAGCAAGAAGGUUUCAUUUGAAUGACACGCCCUCAGUUUUAAAGUGCUUCGACUGGUUCGACCAGUAUUUUGGUAGGCAGCCUCCAACCUUUGAACCUCUUAUACCUAACGGCUUCAUCUUUGUUUUACGUCGAUUACACAGAGUCUGUCCAAUAUUUUGAGAUUAGAAUACAUAUCGAUCGCUCGACAAGGACGUCUUGUUUCAGCUCUGUGUUGAAUUUUAGCCCUUGCCCGUAAGUUCUCUGGAAAUGCUUAACCCUACGUAUACAUUGGCCGGCGUCUACUAAGAGAAGUUUCACAAAAUUCAAUGCAGGAAAUUUUGAGAUAUUUUGGAAUUACUACAAAAAUGUAUAAUUUAUGCGUGAACCUAGGACAUCUGAGCAAAUUUCCUUCUUCUCAUUUAUUAUUUUUUAAAAAAUGUCACGUAUAUACUUUAUCCAAACCAGCUCAAACCGCUGGAAGCAGGCACCGCUUCGCGAUCUAGAAAACGUGAUAAUGAAUCAGAACCACUCUGGGUAGAACACAAUGCUGAGCUCUUUCAUAUAAUUUCUACUGCCACGAAAGAAGUGGUGAAAUUGAAAUUCGCGGAUUGAUUUUCUUUGCUAUUGAUCAGUGUUAGAUGCCCGCAAAUAGCAAAAACUUAACAAGGUGGGCACUGGUUAUGGUUAUAAAGUCCAUUAUGGUUAUAAAGUCUAUUUUUAUUAGCUUUUUUGUGUUUCUUUUGUUUCCUUCUGUAGUUAUGAAAUCCUAUUUAACGCUGUACUCUAGGAACAAUUGAAGGGAGCCCGGUGCUCUGAACUUGUAAAAUCCAAGGUGCAGCCCAGCAUAGGAUUUUUAUGAAAAACUAAGAUUUCCUAGUCGCCCAAGAGCAAAACUAGUUAAUACACCAUGGGCCGUUGGGCACUGCUAAAGCACAGCCCUACAAUUUGGUUUCUAUUUUAGUUUAUUGCGUCACAGAUUUAAAACGUUUUAUACCCUAUUGUGACUUUUUUCCUUACAUGUCCCCUGCAGGGCUGUGUGUAUCCAAGGUUGGCUCCAACGCCUUUGCAACUGCCACAGCGAUUGUUGAUAAAGUAAUAAGUGUUAGGUAAGAUUCACAGGAACACCAACUUACAUACUCUUUGAUACUCUGCUUACAAGCAACCAUGGUAGCUCCUGUAAAGAAGAGGUUAUCCUUUUACAGACGGAUAACCCAAUUUAGUAUAUACAUACUCAGUGAUCUUGGUGAUUUAAGCAAUCUGAUUGGUUCGCUAUCUCGGACUAUUCAACAUUAGUAAAAUCCAACUAGUGGUCUAUUAUCAAUGCUGCGUUCUGAUUGGUUGAGCUACUACUAGGCUAUAUGUUAUAGCCCACUACAGGUAGUAGCGAAAGCUCCGGCUUUUUGGCGGCAAAAAAAGGAUUAAAGUCUAGCUUUAAGCAGCUAAAGUUGUUUUGUCUCGAUAUUUUUGACCAGCCUUCGGCCUCAUGGGCUAUUGACUCAGAGCCCAUUCGGGCUCGAGGAAUAAUUGUUAAGUAUUCACCUCCAAGCGAGUGGAUAAUGUGUGAGCUCGGUGUUUUUCCCAUCUUUUACAAGUCGGCAAAACCCUAGGGCUGACUUUUUUUAAGGCAAUUAAAGACUUCGAAGGAUUCAAAACGGCGUUUUUCCAUCUACUGUGGCCGAGUUUUUGCGUUCGAUGGAUUGUUUACAACUCCCGUUUAUUCGCGUAGAAGAGACCGUUUUGUGAACUCAGCGUUUCCUAACAAGAAAAAUUUGGCCCAAAAAUCGAAGUACAUUUAUGACAAACAAAUUUGAAAGCAAAUGUUUGCAGAAAUUCUACGUUUCAACUAAAUAGGAAAAAGAAUGCUACAAGAAGACGACGCCUUACCUCGAGCAACCGUGCCGCCAUGUUUGUCAGCACUUCACGCGAAGAACGACACAACAAACCUUUUUGCCUAUAAACUUGGUGAGUCAAAAGAAAACAACCAAGCUCUACUUGUCUUCUCAGUUAAGGAAACAAUUCAAACUUUUAACGGUUCCAUUUAAGCCAUUACGCUGUUUUUUGCGAAGUUAUAAACUUGUAAAUUGCCAUGCCGGUUUGAAAAUUCUGCAAAGAUCUACAGUUUUUAAACUUUCGCGUGAUUUAAUCCGUCAAUCAAAUCGUACUUUUUAAUGGUUUUCUCUCUGAUUUUUUGAGAUCACUUCGUGUGUAUACUAAAACAAUUAUUCUUUUCAAUCUCAGGGAAUAGUGGCUUUAGGAAUAUUUACCUCGCCGCUUCCCGGCUCGGUAAAUAAGUAGCCACUAUUCACCUCGAUUCAAAGAAUAAUUGUUAAGUAGUAUCGGAAACCGCCACGCUUUUUAAUUCAUCAAGGCCACCCUUACACUCAUUAACAACACUUUUCGCGCGCUCACUUACUUUAAUCAGUCCUGGCCGCCUCAGUUCUUAAGAAUAUGGAUAGCGCUUUCCGCCGGAUUAAUCACCAGGGAAAAAAAUAGUGAAACCGUUUGCGCUAUCCACUGGAAGUAGACUUUUACCUCCGGUGAAUAGCGUUAUCCGCCUGUUGGCCACUGAGGCCUGGAUACAACUCCCGGAUGUGAGCCAUGGCAAACCGCUGUACCUUACACCUACCCGAGGUAAUUCUAAAGGCAGCACACUAGGGGUGGUGACUGCCAGAGAUUUGUACUACAAACCUUGUGGUUUUUCCGCCCUGCAAACAGUUUGGUUCUUCGCAUGUACAGAUGCCUAAGUAGAAACGACACUGGUGCGGGCGUGUCCAGCACUGAGAGAACUCAGUAUAUAAAGUCGGUAAAUAAGGUAUUAGAUUCGGAGUUGUCAGCGUAACAAAUUAUGAGUGGUUAUUGUUUUUUGUUAGAACUCUAUGAACCUGUUGUUCUCGAGAAAGCCAUGAGUCUCUUUCGUAAAAAACCGAAAUUAACCUUGUUAUUUCAGUGAAGACUUCAUUGCCCUUGCCAUUUUGCGUUUGAUUGAGGAAGAGAAAGCAGUUGUUGAAGGUGCCGGAGUGACUGCCUUUGCUGCUGUUCUGGCUGGAAUGUUGCCCGAGCUACAGGCUAAAAAGUAGGUGGAUGAAUGAUAUUACGGUAAAUGUACGAGAGGUCGUGUAAUGAGUUUCCGAAAUUAAAACGAUAAAGGAUCCUGGCAGUAAUGUGGGUGCAUUAAUUAAUGACAGCGUUGUUCUAAAGUUAGAGCUACAACUGGUUUAUUGCUAAACACGAGCGGUAUAGUGUCAAAACUAAUACUCGCGAUUCACUGUUUUGCAUUAGAGGGAUAUAUCACUGAUUUCUCAAACAACAUAAACCGUAAUUUCAUAUCCCGUCCAAGAUCUUAUUUUUUUCUGGAGUAUUUCAGGCUUUAUCUUAGACCGUAAAUAAGCGUCGCGAGCGAUAUUGCCUGUAUUUAAGAUUGUUUGUAAAUUGGCUUUUGGUUUUACCUUAUUAUCCCUGUGUUGGUUUAGGUGUGGCACAUAGAAAAAUAGUAUGAUCACUUUAGGGUUAUAGGAUAAGUGGUAAUGUUUUGGGUGCUAGACCCUCGUCAAAGCGCUCUAACGGCUUCGACCUGACAAAAGAUCUAGGGACUAAAGCGUCCAAUUUGAAAUAAAUCUUUUUACUUUGGCCAGUUGUUGUUAGAGAGUUGGUAAAUCAAACCUCAAGCUAAGUUUAAGGUCGCAGGGAAAAAUCGUUUUAUGGUGGUAUGAAAGAUUGCUACUGAAAAUAACUACGUAAACACUUUUGUCAGCUGAAGCAACACUUUUACUUCCUGUUUUCCAUCUUAACUUAAUGGCCGUAUUCACACUAGAGACUGAUUAUCCGACUGAGACUGGUUAUCCAUUGGAUAAUUCGCGUCAGACAGAUAAUACAUCUUAGAGAAUUUGAAAAUGGAACAGUCUUAACUUUGGAUGGACAAUCUGCCUGUUAAUUUCAGUGCUCGCACAGUCUUGAAAAGUGCUUGGAUUCCAUUUUUCCUUGAAAAGUCCUUGAAUUUUCUUCAACUUUGAUUGUAGUGGCCUGGGAAGAGUUUUUUGAUGGUUUUUGGUUGUCCAAGACAGAAUAUAAAUCGUAGCUCAGAGUAUUUAAAGGUUAUUUACAUAAAGUGCUCUAUUUUUUAUGCCAAUUAACUAUCAAUUCAAGACCAAUGAACUGAAGAAUGUAGAGAAGUUGGUGUAGCAAACAGUUCAUGCCUUAAAGUCUUAUUAGAAUAAACUGGGAAUGUGCAUUUUUGUACAAUCUGUGAAGUUAUAUUCCUAGUAGGUGGUCCUUGAAAAUCUAAUGUGGCCCUUGAAAAGUCCUUGAAAAAUGGUUGCUUUUUUUUGUAUGAACCCUAAAUUUUGAUGGAUCUUGAAGAUGGAUUAUCCGUCUCUAGUGUGAAUACUGUUACAGCCAAUGAAAGGUCACUUUGCAAAAAUCCGUAUUUGCCAACACAUUUUUGGAAACCAUUAAUGAGAAUUUAAGGGUGCCUUAGAGUGACAAGUUAUUCAUCUGAUAUUAAAUAAAACGUCUUUCCUAGGGUAGUUAUACCAUUGUGUGGAGGGAAUAUCGACUCCACAGUGCUGGGUCGCUGUAUCGAUCGUGGUUUAGCCGCCGAUGGAAGGCUCUGUAGAUUUAUCGUCACCGUUAGUGAUAGACCAGGAGGAAUUGCAGAACUAACAAGGCUGUUGGCUUCAAUGGGAGCAAGGUAACCUAACUUAUUAAGCGAUUUUCUGAAAACUGGUUUCUUUAAUACUUUACCGUGUUUGUGAUCGGCUGAAUUUUUUGCGUCAAGUCAAAAAUUAUAACCUCCCCAUCUAGACAGUUUCCCGCGCUUUGCGUCAGCUGCCUGUUUUUACCUCACUUCGGAUUGGUUCACCGUAGUCUCCCGUAGAAGCCUCUUUCUAACUUCCUUCCUAGCAUGGCUUUUUUUUCUGAAGUUCCUUUGCCUCAGAGAGACCUCAGGAAUUAGGAUGGCCGUUUGCGUUUGUGUCUCAAUUGGCUCUAAAACGUGCGGGCAAGGGAGAGGGGAAAGCGCGAGGGGAAUGCUGGGAAGAGAGAAUAAUUAAUAUUUGUUGUGAGUUUUUUUGUGUAUGAAAGAAAUCCUCCUACUCGGAGGAGACAACCAGAGUUUUCGUUGGGUUUCGGUUUUUUGACGGUUGGAAAAACGAAGCUAGUGCUGGUAGAAUGCAAGUAGAUUACAUAUCAUACAUUUUGAUUUCUUUUAAUUUUUUGCUUGUAGUUAUCAGAACCUAGUUUGGAAGAAAAAAAACUUGCGCAUUUCUUACGUCACCAACGAUCUCGCCAACAAUAUGCCGAUUAACCUUUUCCGGUAUCAUUUUUCACCGUUCUCCGACCCCCUCCCCCACUCCUUCCUUCCAACCUCCCGGUUUUCGAUCAACAAUUGUUACCGUAUGAUCGACUGUUUUUAAAAUCUUUUUUCGUCAUUUGUCUCUUUUAUUUCAAGAAAAGUUGUCUGGUUAUCUCUGUUUUGUGUCUUUUUAUUUCAACAACAACGAAGUGUUCUUAUUCUCUCAAUUUAAUUUUAGCGUAAAAGAUAUUUUUCAUGAACGGGCGUGGCUUAUGUCGAGUGUGUUUAGCGUACAGGUGAGUGGUUACAGUCUUAUCUGUGUUUAUUCCCUCUUUUGAGUGCAAUUUAACACUUUAAAACUUGUAUUUCUUUGUUGUGACAGAUCAAAGUUGUAGUGGAAGUUCGGGAUCAGCAGCAUGGACUUCAAGUCAAAGAGGCAUUGGAACUGCAAUAUCCGGAUAGUCUGCUUUGGGGACUGGACUCGGGCCUUAAGAGCUUCUCUUGUAAAAAGACAGAAACAUAA